UCAGUAGAGAGAUCAGAGCAUUCACCACGUCGUCCAGUGAUAAGCUUCAGCCCUGACUGAGCUCUGUGUGUGUGUGUGUUUGUCAGAGUCUGAGUAUGAAGAUCGCUGUGCUGGGAGCCACUGGGCAGACUGGACAGUAUCUGGUCAACCAGGCGCUGCAGCAGGGCCACACAGUCACCGCCAUCGUCAGGAACCCAGGAAAACUCACCGUGCAUCAUGAUAAUCUCAAGGUGGUGGAAGCUGAUAUUUUCUCAGCAGACAGUCUGAAGCCUCACUUUAAAGGACAGGAUGUCAUCAUGUCCUGCCUUGGCUUCUCAACCUCCUUUUUCUCGCCGGUAACGGGCUACUCUCAGUCCAUGAAUGCUAUGGUCAACGCCAUGCGAGAGAUGCGGGUCAACAGGAUCAUCACCAUGACCUCCUGGUACACUGACCCUAACUCUGGAACGCAGUCAUCGUAUCUCAUCCGCUUCCUCCUGCUACCGAUGAUCCGAAGCGUCCUCACCAACAUGCAUGAGAUGGAGCAGUUUCUGCAGAAGACCAGCGACAUUAACUGGACUGUGGUUCGCCCACCUGGUCUCAAGAAUCUGCCCGCCUCAGCUCAGGAGUUUCUGACCCAUGAGGGAUACUUUGUGCCUGACAGCAGUGGUCACCCUGCGGGCAGCGCUGUGGCAAGAGGAGAUGUGGCUCGCUUCAUGCUCUCUCUGCUCAACAGCAAUGCCUGGGUCAAGAAGGGAGUUUCCAUGACGACCAAAUAAGAGAGAAGACGCCAACGUUGGCAUUAAUGAAGGGGGGUUCACCAAUCUUAAGUUAUAUCUAGCCAUAUUUUUCUAAAAUUGUCUAGGUUUUAAAGUAUCCGCCUUUGAGUUUUCUGCUUCUGCCCCUGAUACAACAGAGGCAAAGGAAAGUUUUCUGUUUCAGAUUUACAGCUCACAACUUUACUGUUUUUAUUCAUCCUCACUACAAUAAUAGCUCUGAUAAAUUCAUUGUAUGCAACCUGCCACAUACCAAAAAGCAGACAGACAAAAUUAGAGACUGGCUUGUCGAGCAUUUAGCAACUAAACAGCCACAUUUUCCUGAUAAUGAGGUAAAAAUAAGGAGUGCUGCACUGGGUUAAUGCUCUGUGUAGAUGUAAAAAAAAACAGGGUGCUCCUCAAGAAUUGGGCAAAGAGUCACUUAAAGAUAAAAAACAACUGACCAGCUCACUCAGUGUAAAAGUUCAUCAUAAAAGUAGGCAGUCCAAAAAUGCAUCGGACGCACUGUAGUUAAAAAUCCUGAACCCUGAUGAAGACUAUCUUGUCGAAACGCAUUGGUUGUCCAUGUGUUAAUAAAGGAUUUUUAACUACCGUCAGAGCCCUCCGAUGCAUUUUUGGACCGCCUUCCUGUACUGUACUGUGGACUUUAACGCUGAGUGAGCUGGUCAGUCGAUGUUUUUUAUCUUUAAGCCACAUUUUCCUUUGGAAGUUGGUCGAGUCCGAAACGGAGCCAAAUGGAGUAUCAUGGACUCCUAUUCUUUUUUUUUUUAUUUUUAUUUUUCUUCAAAUAAACGCUUAUGUGUUUCUGUAUCCUCUUAAUAUGUACAUAAGCAACUGCCAGUUUUUAGGUGAUGAUGUGUCAGUGUUGCGUUUGCAGAGUAAGUGGCCUAAAAAAAAAUCCAUUAUUUCACAGACCACACCUUAACCAGGUUUCACUGUAACUUCAUGUUCAGUGAAUUACACAGAGUUUUUUAAAUCUAAUUUUCAAUGCUGUGAACACAACAAACAAAAUUCAUUUCACCUCAAUUUUAUUGUGGCAACAGCAGAAAUUACAGAACUGAUAUCUUGACCCCUGGGCAAAUAAUGCCAAAGCUAUCUUCAUGGUUAGAUACAACUAACUCGCCCUUUACGUCCUGUCUUCACAGCCUGCUACUGAAUAUUACAGUACAACUGCCUAAUACAGCCUAACCUAUCUGAUGAAUGUCUUUUAAUCUACUCUUGUUUAGCCUAAUGGCAAAGUUCACCCCAGAAUCAAAAAAUACAUAUUUUUCCUUUGAGUUUUUAAAAUGUAUUUAUUUUUGGCGCUUUGAGCACCACAAACCGAGUGCCAUCGAGGCACAUAUUGGAGAGAAUGCAGACAUCUGUUCAGCCGAUAUCUCCAACACUCAGCGAGUCACACCAAAAUAAUCUACGUAAAUAAAUCACGGUACAUGUAAGAAGUAAAAUAUGUAUUUUUGAUUUUGGGGCGCACUGUUCCUUUGACAUAUUCUUAUUUUUAUAUGUCUGUAAACCUUCAUUAAUAAGUUUACCAUUUAAUCAUGUUGGUGUUCCUACCAUUAGUGGUAACCAGUUAUUAUUGCUCCAUGAAUGUUCACUGCACUUAUACAUGUGAAUGAUUUACAUGCUUUCAGCCACAUGGGGGCAGCGUUGUGCCAACAACACUUCCACUACACUUUUACUUCCAGCUAUUGUUGCACAGUGUACUCACAGGAGUACUUAAAUCCACAUUAUGUGCUGUAUCAGUUCCAUAAAAUAAACAUGCACUUAACAAAA